UGUUGUGGUCUAGUUGCCUCGCAACGUCGGGAAGCCACUUUGUUUGAAUAUAUAUUUAUGGCUGGACAACAUGGGCUUUUAUGUGCGAAGGCAACACUUAUCACCUAGUGGCAGGUAACAGUUUCCAUGGCAACAUGCUCACAGGCAACAUGGAGUUCCUACAGUGGAGUUGUCAUGAUGUUGCAAGGUGGAUUGAGUCUUUAGGAUUUCCACAAUACAGAGCAUGUUUCACGGAGAACCACAUCACCGGAAGAAAGCUCAUUUAUGUAAAUUGUGUCUACUUGCCAAGACUCGGAGUCACAGAUUUUAAAGACAUGCAGGUCAUCUCUGCACGUGUGCGCGAGCUGCUGGGGAUCACAGAGACCCUGUGGAGUCGCAGCAUCGCUGACCCUCCACGGGACAGCAUGAGCCUGUUCCUGGAGAAAAAGGGCCGGACUGGAGAACGGGCAGACAGGCUCACCUUCCAGCAGUUCCUGGAUAGCAUGCGUCAGUGAGCAGGAGCCUGGCGUGAAUCACAAAAAAAUAAUAAUUCAACAAAAACCAAGACAUGUCAGUGUCAUUUCAUAUCACCAACUGUCAGCUCAGGAUGACUCCAAUGAGACACUCAUAGUGGGUCACAUGCAGGCCUUGACAUUAACACAUCCCACCAGCAAAAUGCUUACAUGUUUUUGUUGUGGCUGGUGAAGAAUCGGCUAUUCUACAGGGGUUUUAUGUGCAAGAAGCCAACAUGUGUUCAGUCUGAAAAUCACCUCUGAAACGAAUCUAUUGGCUACUGGGUGAUAUCACAACAAAGACUGAGUGCAGGAUUUUUUUAACACGUGUAAUAGCAUAUCAGUGACUUUGUGCGCACACGUACAGUCUGAUAAACAGCUUAAAUUGCUCUUGCCAUCCAAGUUCUGGAUAAGUAUUAAACCACUUAGGCUAUUUCUAUUGAUCUCAAGUGGAUGUGUUGUAGCUGGAUGGAGGUAUUGAUCUGGAGUAGAAAUCCUCAGGGUAAUUCCGUGGAUGACAAUGAACACCUUUUUCAAAGUGCCCUGAGAUCAGUAUGUAGGUCAUUGUUCUUGGGAAUAAAAAACACUGAGUCUGCGAGAAGACUUCUGCGCCGCUGUACUGUAUUAGACUUAUAAACAUAUAGGCUACUUUGCCAACUUGCACAAAAGGCCAUAGGAUCAUUGCAUCAGAUAGUGAUGGGUGGAGUGCCAAGCAGACCCACUGGGAGCCAGGGUUUUCAGUUUCCACACUGAACACUUUGUUGCCAAUAAUCUAUGUAAUACAUGCAGCAAUAUUCAGCUGUAGGCUACUAUAUUUGGCUUUAGAUGUACCUGCACCAAAAGUUUUUUUCUAAAGGAAUGGAUGGAUUUUAAAUAACACUCUUAUUUAGGCCUACACUGGUUAUUACCUGACUUAAUUAUCAUCACCUGCGCGCCUAAAUCUGAUCAUCUCUGUCUGUUUGUUUUUUAAUUUAAUUUAAUCUUUAGAGAAUAUUAUAAGCCAAAUGCAUUUUCGUGCAGUGGAGUUCAAUCUACAUGAAUAAAUUAUGAUGCCUGCCUGUGAGAUAGGCUGGGAGGCACACUGCAUCUGUCUGUGCACACAAAUGGUCUCUGUGCAGCUCGGAGCGCGCUGAUUACCAUUCCGAGCACAGCACCUCUGGUCAGAAAUGGAGCCGGGUCGGUGGUUGACAGUAGU